CGCGACAAUAGUUUACUAAAAAUUGGAUUAUAUUGGGAAAUAUCACCAACAAUACCACAGUUUGGAGGUUAGAAAUUCGUUAACUUUCAUAAACAUUAUCAAUUGUCUAUUUGACGUUUGACAUCUCACUGAAUUGCAGUGUUACCAACAUAACGGACGGAACACUAACGUUCGGAAACACGUAUACGAGUAGUUAAUACACUAUAGACAAUAAAGGUAUGUCAGAGGAAAUGCUACAGCUAUUUCAAAUGAUGAGAAUGGAAUUAGAAAAACAAGCAACAACGAUUACACAGAACAUAACUGAUACCUUAAUGCGUACUAUAGAUGUUAAAAUACAACCAUUACUGGAAGAAAAUAAAUACCUGAAAUCUGAAGUGCAAAUAUUAAAUAGAAAAGUAAAAUAUUUGGAAGAAAUGAAUAAGAAGAAUAAUAUAAUACUACAUGGAGUCAAGGAAACUGAAAAUAAUUCUGUAGAAUUAUUCAACACAAUAAUGGGUAUUUUACAAAAAACUAAUGUUAAAAUAGGAAAAUCGGAAAUAAACAAAUAUUACAGAUUGGGAAGGAGACAAGAUGAAAGCAAGACCAGACCCAUACUUGUCUCCUUUAUCUCAUAUCAAAAAAAAGUAGAAAUAAUGAAAAAUAAAGCAAAAAUGCCACAUAAAACCUUUCUUACCGAAGAUUUUUCAAAAGAAACGCUAGAACUACGUAAAAAUCUACAAAAACAAUUAAAAGAAGAAAGGGAAAAAGGAAAUGAAGCUUUCAUCAGGAAUAAUAAACUUAUUAUCACAGGAAAACCAGAAGCCGAAAGGAGAAAAAGAGAAGUUUCUAUGUCACCUGAGAUUAUACAGAAACAAUCUCACUCAACAGGGGAGAGAAAUAUUAUUGCCCCAUCUAAAAAAAUGCAUAAAACUGAUGCAUUCGCAUACAUGAGAGCCAGAUCUUUCUCACUGUCAGAGAAACAAACACAACCUCAUAAGGUAUAGGAAUUUUCUGACACCGGAAACGUGAAGAAAACAAACAUUAUAAAAACAAUUCUAGCUAAAAACAAACAGAUCCCCAAUACGGUUGGUCACCGCGGGGAGAUAGACCCUACCCCCCAAGAGCGUACAGUGGAAGGAUUCAAGAAUCAUAACAAACACUACUCCGAAAAAAAUGAACAAAAACAAAGAACAAGACUAAACAUAGCCACACUAAACACAAGAUCGGUAAAAUCCCAAGAAUCCCUACUCGAAUUAGAAAAUGCAUUGGAAACCAUACACUGGGAUAUUUUAGGUUUAAGCGAAGUGAGGAGAGCUGAUGAAAAAAUUGAAGAACAUGAUAAAUAUAUAUUUUAUUAUAAAAAUGUAAUAGCUGGCCUUAAUGGAGUAGGAUUUAUGGUAAAAAAAUAUCUAAAAAACGAAAUAUUGGAGUUUCGAGGCAUAUCGGAUAGGAUAGCAGUCUUGAAUAUUAAAUUGCCUGGCCACAAACAACCAUCUUCAAUCGUUCAAAUAUAUGCCCCGACUGAUAUCACCAAAGAAGGAAUAAAAAACGAGUUCUACAACCAACUCAACGAAAUAAUGCCAACGUUGUUUAAAACUAUAAUUGUAAUGGGUGACUUCAAUGGACAAAUAGGAAAGAGAAGAACAAAUGAAGACAAAGUACUGGGACCACAUACAACAGGCAAAAGAAACGACAAUGGGCAAAGACUGAUAAACUACGCUCUGGAAAACAACCUAAGAAUCAUGAACAGCUACUACAAAAGGAAUUUAAAUAGAAAAUGGACAUGGGUGUCACCGAAUGGUAAAAUAAGAAAUGAAAUAGAUUAUAUCAUCACAAACAAACCAAGAUUGUUCUUAAACAUAAAUAUUGUCAACCAAUUUAACUACAACACAGACCACAGACUACUUAGAGGACAAUUAUAUACACGAGAACCAAAAUCAUUAAGGAAAAAUAUCUACAAUACAAAAACAGUGGCUUUACCAAUCCCGGAUAAUAUUCUAGAGUCUUUACACACUAAUUUAGAAAAAAUAGACAAUCUUAAAGAAGUCCAAGAAAAAUACGACGCUUUAGAGAAGGAAUUAAGAGAAAUUGAAAGUAAAAUGAGAACAAUAAGAAAGGAAAAAGACAAAUUAGGUUCAGAAGCAAGGAAGUUAAUCAUGCAAAGAAAACCCUUAUUUAAAGACAGAAAAAAUAAUAGAAAAGAAAUAACAAUUCUGAGCAAAGAAAUAAACCUGCAAAUACGAAAACACAGAGAGAGACUAAGAACUGAAACAAUGAGAUAUUAUAUAGAAAAAUCAGGCGGAAUUAAGAAAGCGGAGAUCGAAUUAAGAGACAAUUUAACUUGGAUAGAUAACAUGAAACACCACAGAAACAAGAAAAAUAAAACUAAUAGAAUUGAAAUAUUAGAAGUAGCAACGGAAUAUUAUCGCGAACUAUACAAUGAACACGCAACAAUAGAGGAAUCCAACCAGUUAAUAAACUGCACUAAAACUGAAGAGGAUGUGACCCCCUGCAUACUACAAGAUGAAGUCAAUAAGGCUAUCAAAUCACAGAAGAAAGGAAAAACGCCUGGAGAAGAUUUAAUAUCUAAUGAAUUGCUAACGGGAUCAUCCAAAGUAACGUUAAACACUAUCACAGAGAUAUUUAACGAAAUUUUGCGCACAGAAUAUAUACCUCAUCAGUGGACUACAUCAAUUAUUAUAUUACUACACAAAAAAGGGAAGAAAGAUGAUAUAACCAAUUACAGACCCAUCAGCUUGAUGUCCAAUAUGUACAAAAUAUUUUCAAAAAUACUGUUAGAUCGUUUAACAAAGACUUUGGAUGAAAACCAACCUAAAGAACAAGCAGGUUUUCGUAGUGAGUUCUCAACAAUAGAUCAUAUUCACACUAUAAAACAAGUAAUCCAGAAAUGCAGUGAAUAUAAUAUUACCUUUUACCUUGCGUUCGUAGAUUAUAAUAAAGCAUUCGAUUCCUUAAAACACAUAAAAAUUUGGGAAGCUCUAGAAACACAAGGAGUGGAGAAAAAGUAUAUUCGACUGAUCAUCAAUAUAUAUAAGAACAUGAAAGUAAAAAUAAGAACAGAAAGAGAUGGAGAAUCUUUUCCGAUAAAAAGAGGUGUAAGACAAGGUGAUCCUUUGUCACCCAAACUAUUCUCAGCUGUUCUCGAACACGUGUUUAGAUGCCUGGACUGGGAAAACUAUGGUUUGAUUAUCAACGGUGUGCGAUUAAACCACUUAAGGUUUGCAGAUGAUCUAAUAUUGAUUUCCGUUGAUCCAAAAAGUUUACAAAAGAUGUUAGACCAACUGGUGCAUGAAAGUGAUAAAGUAGGGCUAUCAAUGAACACUACGAAAACCAAAAUAAUGUCAAAUUCGGAAAGCUUCCCUAUAACGGUUAACGGUAAAACAGUGGAAUAUGUGGAGGAAUACACAUAUCUCGGUCAGAUCAUAUCUCCAAAAGACCUAACAACAAAAGAAAUUAACAACAGAGUUACGCUGGCAUGGAAAAGAUACUGGUCUCUUAAGGAGGUAAUGAAAAACCCUCUCAUACCACUGAAAGCGAAGAGCAAAAUAUUUAAUUCUUGUAUUUUGCCUGUUAUGACAUAUGGAUGCCAAACCUGGAGCUUAACUAAUCAUAACAUACAUAAGUUAGAAACUUGCCAACACAGUAUGGAACGAAGUAUACUGAACAUCAAAUUAAAAGAUAAAGUAAAACUGGACACUAUAAGGAAGAAAACUGAAUUCACGGAUGUUACUUACUGUAUCAAGAAACUAAAAUGGAGGUGGGCAGGACAUAUAGUUAGAAUAAAUAAAGAAAAAUGGUCUAAGGAUAUUACAGAGUGGUGUCCGAGACAAUAUAAGAGAAAAAAAAGGAGACAGCGUCGUAGAUGGGAAGACGAUAUCAAAAAAAUAGCGGGACACACCUGGAAAAGACAAGCGCAGAAUCGCAUUCAGUGGCGAACUCUAGGGGAGGCCUAUGCUGGACAGCAAGACAAUCUUCACGUACCGGUGUCAAACAAAUAACUAAAUUAUAUAAAUACAUUGUAAGAUUGUUAAUAAAGGCUAUUAUUAUUA